GCCGCGAUUGUUACGAGUUGAGAGUCCAUAUCUAUCUAACCAGCCACCAACCAGCAACUGAAGCCACUCACUGGUCACCGGUCAGCCAUCAACUCGUCGGCUUCAAUUGGACCAGGCGCUACGCAAUGAAUGGGCGUAAUUCGGAAAAGGAAUUGGGCGGGAAUCCCGGAAUUACUGCGUGUUGUUUUCUACCCUCAAAACCUUGCAAACUCAAGGCGUACAGAGAUGGGAGAACGGAUAUGUUCUAUACCUGGAAAUGCUGACAUUGCAGGUGUCAGAGCAUCGGUAUACAUCCAAGCAUGUCUGGCUGCUCUAAAUACUGCAUUCAUGAUGAACACUGUUGGUUAUGGUGAAGAUGAUGACCAGGAGGAAGCUUCACAAAACGUGAAAACGGACACUGUCACCACAAACCCUCCAGCUGUAGACCGACCUCAGUCACCAAAAGAACAUCCAUUUCCCAACUUCCUCAGAAACCGCAGCUUAUACAUUGGCGUUGUCAAGAAUUUGGAACGCUCUAUCUUCAUGGUCGGUUUUGCGGUCAUCAUCAGCGCUAUCAUAGAGAUGCGAACCUCCCCAUCCGGCCUUACACCAUACCACGCUCUUAUCGUUCUAAACAUCAGCCUAAUCAACAACUGGGCCGGUCUGCUGAUCUUGAUGGGAAGAGGUGGUUUUAGGAUGUCUGGUCGCCGAGGUUGGAAAGGAAUGCUCGUGGUAACCAGGGCAUCCAUUCUCGACUCCUUCUGGUGUAUAGUCCACUCCACCCUAUUUUGUGCAUUUGGGCUAUACUUUUGGGGCACACAGAGCGCGUUUCUGGGCUACCUUUCCGAACAAUCAGACCCAUGUCAACCUCUGAUAUAUUAUUGGGUCUUUGGACCUGUUGCCUACACAAACCGAGCGCUCAAGGUAGCAUCUCUGGUUUUUUAUUCCAUAUCUGUGCUUCCUGUCGCCGGUCUUUACUUCCAAGUCUUUGUUCCGUCAAUCAUCCUUCUUACGUUCAUAUUCGUUUUCGCGGUCCUUCCAGUGGCGGGUAUCAUAGGCAUGGUCUUGGCGACGAUAUUCUACUGUAUCAUCCAACCCUUUUUCAACCUCUUGAUCAGACCUAUCUUUCGAAUACCGUUGAUGAGACGCUUUCUCGAUCUGGUUGCCCCGACCUUCGUCCGGGUAUGGGACUAUCUCAGGACUCUCUCAAGAACUCUCUCCGCGUUCACCACCAGCCUGGUUUUAGGACCAGCGUAUGCUCCCAUAGUCAUGUUCAUCGCAGCCCUGGCUCCCAUAUCUCCAAUUAUAUACACAAUUGUAUCCACGGAAUCGAUUGUGAAGCUUAACCGUCCCAAUGUUCUCCCAGGCGAGAAUGUAUGGACCUAUGGGCAGACAUUGGCACUGUUCACUGCGGCGGUCGCUUGCGUACUGUAUGGAUACGAAUGGUGGAAGACGCUGAAAGAGGAGAGGAUGUGGCUGGAGAGGAAAGGGGAUGCUGAGACUGGUGGUUCCGGGAGCCCAGCGAUGCAAAGCCAUUCGGAACGAGAAACUCAAACAGAAAAUGUAGUCGAUACGUGA